CUCAGCCCACAUCCCGUUUCCACUUCAUAUCGCUGUUUUGAGUAUCUGUUUAUAAAAAGUAUUCCUGUUCAGCACGCAGCCUGUUACCGUUUAUGACCGUUAAACAGCGUGAAGACGGUGGGCUCGAGUGUUUACGUCACAGUGUUCUGGAACGCGAGGCUACGUCUGUCUGUGAGAGUUGAUUUUUCCGUGUCAAAGUCGGACUUUUUCGGAAAACUACGAAAAUGGACGCAGAAAUGUGAUUGAAAACUACGGUCCAAAGUUGUUUUUUUGCCAUCGCAGAACAAAUGGAACAACCAAAGGAGGAGCUGGAGCAAAUCGCGUCAUGGUUCAGUGAGGAGGGACUUGCUCCUGACUCCCCCAAGGAGGCUCAGCUGUGUUUGCUAUGGAGUGCCCUCCAGCGCACUAGAAGCCGUCUGAACAGUGUGACAUGGGACCUGGACAGCCAGCGAUCACAACACCUCGCAGAGAUGGCGGAGGUUCGCAAGUCCUUGGAGCAGAUCCGAAUCUUUACAGAGCACAAAGAUGUUUUGGCUCAGGAGAUACAAGAUGAAAAUGACCAUCUCAAGGACCAGCUGCGACGCAUAAUAUCCCUUCAAGAUGCCCAGAUAAGCGAGGUGGCAAAGAUGCUGUACCAGCAGGGUCUCACAGAUCUGAUUCACAGCAGCCCCAGUGAGCAGGUGGCCUACCUCCUGGUGGAGAGAGCUUCCUUACUUGAGGCGUGUGAAGAUCCCAGCAGUGUGACAGGUGAUGGGAACACAGCCAGCCUGCUGGACACAAAGGCCCAGGCACUGAACACCAAUGUGCACCAGUCUACCCACAAGGGGGCACCACGUCACAGCCAGAGCCCGUGGAAGAGACUCUUUGGACUACACAAAGCUUCACAGAGCAAACAUACAUUUAUUCCUACUGAGGCCAGGCAUUUGGCCAGCCAAGCAAGCAGCGUGGAGAGGGAAUGUUCCCGUCUGGAGCGGGACCUGGAGGAGGGCUCCCGUCGGCUGGCCAUGGCCCACAAUGAGAUCCGGCGUUUGACUGAUGAGCUGGAGUCUGCUCAUUUGACCCAAAGAGCUUAUGAGCCGGAGCUGCAGGCAGCACAGCAGGAGGUGGAGCAGCUCAGACAGGAAGUACAAAAAGUAAAGAAAUAUGAAAUGGUGGAACUGCGUAAGGCCAAAGAGCUGAACGAUCGUCUCGACCUUGAGAUCAGAACCCUGAGGAACCAGAUACGCACCCUGGAUGCUGAGAAAGGAACUCUGCAACAGACGGUGGUGUCUCUGCAGGAGAAGGCGGAGCGGCUGGAGUUGGCUCUGCAGGAGCAGCAGCAGGUCCUCACUGUGCAGGUUCAGGCUAACCGGGCCACCCAGCAGCCUGAAGUGAUAUCUCUGCAGAGGGAGGUGCAGCGGCUGGAGGCGGCCCUGCAGGAGCAGCAGCAGCAGGCUGAGCAGCACCUCCUCAAUGUGCAGCUUCAGGCCAACCAGGUUCAUGAGUUAGCUGAGUCUCAGGCAAAUGAAUUGAGUCAGAGCAAUGUGAUCUGCAGAGAUUUACAAAAUAAGCUCAGCGCUCAAUCGAGAUGCAUUUUGGAGAAGGAGUCAGAAAUACAUUUACUCAAGCAGCAAAUGGAUGCUUCCAAUGAUGACCUGGAUAAACUUAUAGCAUCCAUCUGCACCAAAGAAAACAACAUUCAGGAUCAAAAGAAGCAGCAUUGUGAAAACGGUCACCGUCAAGUCAAAGAUGAAGAGCUGCCGACACAGAACGAGGAGAACACACUGCACAAGGUGUUUCCUGAUUAUCAAGAAUCAGUCAAUACUCUGCUGGCAACGCAGGAAGAGUGUGAGAUGCUCAAGAAGGAGAUCUGUGAAACCCUCAAAUGCCUCGACAAAGAGCGAAGUAAAUACCACGAAAUGAAGGAGAAGCACAAGGUGAAACUGUGCCGGGCCAAACAGAAAUGUGGUGAUGAAACCACAUGGCGUGAUGAGAAGAUAAAGCAUCUAGAGCGAGAACUGUCUUUGUGUUCCCAUUCAGUGGCAAAGGAAAAAGAGCUUACUCUAAGUAUUACCCAGGAAAAUGAGAAACUUCUUGUUGAGAGGAGAAGGCUUCUACAGCAGUUAAAUGAAGAGGAGCACAACAAGAAAGACAGUAAUCUCACAGCUUCUUUGUCCAAAUGCAGGGUCGACUUUCUAGAGAUGGAAAACAAGAAACUAAGAAACAAAAUACUCAACAUGUCCAAUCAGCUGGCUGUCCUGGAGCGCAGCCUGCAGAACAUGCAGUCACUCCACUUUGCUGAGGAGCUGAAGAAAACAUCUAAUCUUCUGCAGGUUUUUAAAUCCCUCCCUGUUCAAACUUCAAGUGUGAAGAUGGCUGAGUCGUCUGAAAUUGAGGGUUUACUGGACGACAGUCAGACAGACGUGACCUCCUCCCCUCACUGUUUCAUCUCUCGGUCAGCAGAGAUGGGCUACCUGAAUCUGAUCUCGGCUCAGAAACACUCGACUCCCUUGGCUGCCUUCAGCCGCUCAGACAGUACGUGCUCCUGAGAUUUUUGUUAUCUGUCUGCAAAAUGAAUACACUGUGUAAAAAAAUGUUUUAUUUGUAAGUAAAUUAAUCAACAAAAUUCCUGUUCUCUGGCUUUCUCUUGUUCAUACUGAACACAACAAAAAUGGAAAAGAAUUAAGAAAUUUUAGGAAAAAACUGCUGUUGAUAAUACAUUUUUUAAUGGUUCCAAAUCCAGACGUGAAAUGUGUCUAAAUGUCUAAUAACCUAGCCUGACCUAUAUGUGUAUAAUGCUUGAAUUUUCCGCUCAGUAGAUGAAUAAAAAAACCUACACCCACCCGUCACACUUCAGAUACAUUCACACUCCAUCAUGACGUUUGUUUUCACAUCUUUUAGUUUCUUCCUUUGCACGAAAGUUUGGUACCAUAUCCUGUGGCUAAAACCACAGUGUCAAAUCUAAACCGGAAAUAGGAGCUACAGCUUUGCAGCUCUAUAUAAUAUGUACUUUAAUCAAGAAAGUAGCUGCUUGGCUGCACAUGUGGCCAGUUGGCCCCUCGGUCUCUUUAAAAAAAUGUUUAAAAUAUAAUGUAUCAAAUUUGAGGCACAUAUUUACAAGAA